AGCGUCACUGGCUUCUGUCACGUCAUUAAUUGCUGUCAAAACCACGAGUAUUAUUUUUUAGGUACCUAAACGGUUACUUUUAUUUAGUUUUUUCGGUUCACGCGUUAUAUAAGGAAAAAAACCGUUUCUAAAUUAAAUUCUUCCGCAAAACACUUUUAAAACAGACGCUUGAAUUGCCAACGUUCAGUAUAAUCUACGAUGUUUUUGUAUAUACUGUCGUUGUUUGUUAUUUUGUUGUUUAUAUUGUUCGUAUUUUUGUACAAUGUAUUGGAUAAAAAAAUUGUGUAUAAAGACUUGAAAAACCGGCAUGUUGUUAUCACUGGAGGUUCAAGCGGUAUCGGCAAGGCGGCUGCGAUUGAAGCAGCGAAAUUGGGGGCUAACGUUACUAUAAUUGGACGUGAUCUUCAAAAACUUAUAUUGGCUGUUGGUGACAUAACAAACCAUUGUAAACCUUACAGCGGCCAGAAGAUACAAUACGUGAUAUUAGAUGUUACGUCUGAUUACGAUUUAAUAGAGAAAUGUUUGAAAAAAGUUGAGUCAGACGUCGGUCCUAUAUUUAUGCUUAUUAACUGUGCUGGAAUGUGUAUUUGUGGGGAGUUCGAUGGAGUUGAUGUUAAAGUAUUAAAACAAAUGAUAGAUCUCAACUAUUUUGGCACUGCUUAUCCUACUAGAUGUGUUCUACCUGGUAUGAAGAAACGGAAUGAGGGGAUCAUAAUUUUUGUUUCAACUGAAGCAGCUUUACUAGGUAUAUAUGGCUACAGUGCUUAUGGUGCAGCUAAAUGGGCCGUCCGUGGUUUAGCGGAAUCAGUAUUCAUGGAGCUUACGGGAACAAAUGUGAGAUUGACUCUUGCAUUUCCACCUGAUACUGACACUCCUGGAUUCGAAAAGGAGGAGUUGACUAAACCGAAGGAGACCAAAUUAAUAUCUGGUUCUGGCGGAUUACAUACAGCUGAGGAUGUCGGCAAGAAAAUGAUUCAAGAUGCAUUGAACGGCAAGAUAUAUUCUGUGUUCGGCUUCAGCGGUCAUUUGCUGUCUACCCUCUACUGUGCGACUAUAGAUGGGCCGUUUCAAAUUAUUGUACAAAUACUUUCAUUGGGUUUACUACGGGCUGUGAUGGUUGUACCUCAGCUGUCGUUCCAGAAAAUAGUCAAGGAUGGUCUCAAAGAGAAGUGUUUAGAAAAUAGUAAGGAUAAAUAGUCUUCUGGUCUUCAAUAAAUUUAUAGCAUAUUGAGUGAAUAUGGCAUAUAGAUAGAUUUUUUUCAGUACAUUUUUAUUAAAAUUAUAUUAAAUGGUGUUUGUCUUAUAUAACAUUAUUGUCCAUUAUGAAAACCCAUAUCAUUAGUUUGUAUGGUGAAAGUAAAUAGACAGCUUCUGUUUUUCAUUAACAAAUUUUCACACAUGACAGUAUCAACUUAUAUGAAUUAAAAGCUAUAAAUUACUUGUAAUUUAAUUUUCUUAUGCAUAAUUUUUUUUAGGGGAUACUGGAAAUUCAAGUAUUUGUAUAUAUAUAUUUAUAUUGUCCUUAUUCUUGUUCUUAUGAGAGUUUGGUAACACAAUAUUAGAAAAAUGAUGAAGUAACACAAGUGUAAAAGGUUUUUUUUUUCUUCAGCCUAAUGAUUUAAUAGCCCUUAAUGUGUUCUCGUUUCUUGUAUUGUAGAGUGAUAGUUUCUGAACGGAGAAAUAAUGUCAAUGUCAACUAGACAUCGCCCACUUACAUUUCACUAGAUGAAAUAGUAAGUAGUUCCUAGUUGUGACAUCAGUCGAGAUUGUUAAGUUUUAUUUCAUUCAAAAGUCAAUCCCGGAUCGUGUCUCCUCCAUUCUACACGACACUGGCAGAAUAUAGUGUGCACGUUUUUGUGCGGAUGAAGGCCAUAUAAAAAAAAAUAAUGAAAUAGUAACAUUUAAGUACACAUAAAAACAAUUACCAAACAAAUUACGCAUUUAUUUUCUACUUUAUUAUAAGGUAUAACUUACAAUAUAUGAUAUAUGAUACUUGUUAAUAGACUAUGUUAAGUUUUAUAUAUAUAAUAAAAUAAUUUUUUUAA